AUGGGAAAGAAAGGAAAAUUGUUCCGCGACGGAGUACCGAGCGCGCUGAAAUUUCUAGCACGCACGAUUUCUUGGUUGUAUAGGCCGCUGUUCAUCUCUCCGUACCAGGCUAUUUUUGGACCAUGCAUAGGUACGGAGACGUUUAAGCGAUUUCACAGUAAUAGAAGCCCGGUAGACAGAUAUCUGGUUAGGUGGAUUGAAUGUGAAUUACAUUUAAAUUGUAUAAGUUACAUUAGCCUGUUUGGGUUCAGGCAGAAGCAGGUGCAACAUGCUUCAGUAGGACUCAAAGUGUUUACAGUCGGAAAAAAUAGAAACACAACAGAGAAGAUGUCACAGCGUUCGAAAAACGUGCCUAACGAAAACAAAACGGAGAACGAGGAAGAAGCGUCCACGUCGUUCGGCCUUCCGACCGAGAAUUCCGGUCAUGAUGAUCCGAACGUAGCUGAGGUUGUGCUUUCAAACAAAGGAGGCCCAAAAUUAAUUCACAAUGGUUAUAUGUACACACUACACAAAAAACAACCGUAG